CAACCUAUGAAAUGGGCAAUGCGACUUAGAGCUGCUUUGUACCUUGCCCAAGCUUUAGAAUACUGUACCAACAGAGGACGCGAUCUAUAUCAUGAUCUCAAUGCUUAUAGAGUUCUCUUUGAUGUUGAGGGCAAUCCUAGACUUUCAUGCUUUGGUUUGAUGAAAAACAGUCGAGAUGGGAAAAGUUACAGUACAAAUCUAGCAUUUGCCCCUCCUGAGUAUCUCAGAACAGGAAGAGUAACUCCAGAAACUGUAACAUAUAGUUUUGGCACCCUUUUGCUUGACCUUCUCAGUGGAAAACAUAUACCUCCGAGCCAUGCACUUGACCUGGUUCGGGGAAGAAACCUUCAGAUUCUUACAGACUCUUGUUUAGAAGGACAAUUUUCAGUUUAUGAGGGAACUGAGUUAUUGCGCCUAGCAUCACAAUGUUUACAACCUGAACCGCAUGAGCGUCCUUAUCUCAAGUCAUUGGCCCCUGCUUUGAUACCCUUACAAAAGGAAUCCAAGGUUCCUUCUCAUGUGCUUAUGGAUAUUCCCCAUGGUGGUGCUGCUUUACCUCUGCCACCACUCAGUGAGGCUUGUCUUAAAAUGGACUUGACUGCUAUACACGAGAUCAUAGAAAAGAUCGGGUAUAAAGAUGAUGAAGGUGUUGCAUAUGAGCUUUCAUUCCAAAUUUGGACCAACCAAAUGCAAGAAACAUUGAACUUGAAGAAUAAGGGUGAUGCUGCAUUUCGACGCAAGGAUUUCAAAGCUGCAAUUGAUAGCUACACACAGUUCUCUGAAGUCGGAACCAUGGUUUCUCCGACAGUUUAUGCUCGCCGAAGUCUAUCUUAUCUCAUGAGUGAUAUGCCUGAGGAAGCACUUGACGAUGCAUUGCAGGCACAAGCAAUAUCCCCUCUCUGGUACAUUGCAUUCCAUUUGCAAGCUGCUGCUCUAUUUGCACUGGGCAGGGAGGAUGAGGCCCAUGUGGCACUCAAAGAGGGUUCUGCACUUCAUAAUAAAAAGAAUACAAAUUAGUUGAGGUCACUGCCCAAAUUAGUUUUCCUGUUCCAGAAGACAACAUUCAGAGAACACCACCCACGGCUCUCAAUAUUUGGGCAAAUUAAUCUGAGGCUUUUAGUCCUUAUUUGGCAAUUGUGUUACAUGCAUAGAGAUCGGUUUAUAGUCCCUCCUGCAUAAACGUUUCCUUUGUUGCCAAGAUCUUGAAAGGUUUAGGGAAAAACUUAUGGUAGAGA